AGUUUACAGAUCGUCGCACUCACGAAAUGUAGGCUAUAUUCAUUGUGAAGAAUGAAAAAGAGGUGGUUGAUUCCAAACAAGCUUUUCCUUAACGUUUUAACUGUCUACUCUCCAUCAACUUUAACUGCACCGUCUCGCAUUGAUACUCGCUAGUCUUGCAUGUCGUGCAUCGUUCGCUGUUUGUUAUCGUUAAUUGUUUCUUAACAAAUGCAUCUUAAUUGGGCUGACCAGUGCUGUAUUUUGGAUUAUUCAGAUUUAUUCAAUUUGUGCGUGUGACCUACAAGGUGCAAUACUUUUUUCUACUAGUUCACUUUAGCAGAUAAUGAGCAGUCGGCUUUAGAACAGUAAUAAUUUCUUUGUUGUUUUAAUUUUUUGAUUGAGAAUGAAUAUCGGAGUCUUCGUUCUUCCGUCGUUAGUUGUCUAUUGUUUCCUUUCUGUCGUAAACGGCCAUGGUAGACUAAUUGAACCACCCAGUCGAGCGUCUGCUUGGAGGUACGGUUUCGAUACACCCCAUAAUUACAACGACCACGAAUUAUUUUGUGGGGGAUUUACGAGACAAUGGGUGAAAAACGAAGGAAAGUGUGGCGUUUGUGGAGAUCCAUGGGAUUCCAAAACUCCUCGAGCACACGAAUAUGGUGGUACUUAUGGCAAAGGAAUAAUUGUAAGAAAAUAUGCCCCAGCCUCAAUUAUGACGAUUCGAGUAGAAAUAACUGCAAACCAUUGGGGAUAUUUCGAAUUUUCAAUUUGUCCUAACUAUAUAAAUCCUACGCAAGAGUGUCUGAAUAAAAAUAUAUUGAAAAUCGUCAAGCCACAAGAAAAUGUUGAUCACCAUGGGGUUAGGUACUUUCCUAAAGAGGGUAAUAAGGUUUAUGAAAUGAAGUACAGAUUACCGAAGAAGACUUGUGAACAUUGUAUUCUACAAUGGAGAUAUAUAGCAGGUAACAAUUGGGGCAAUUGUCCUAAUGGAACUGGUGCAGUUGGUUGCGGUCCUCAAGAAGAAUUUCGCGCAUGUGCGGAUAUCGUAAUCGAAGGUAAAGCUGAUCAAUCAUUGGUGCCCGAAAUUGAGCAACCAUCUAUAUCAACAACACUUCAACCAGAAUCAUCUAGUACUAUCAUUGUGCCAACAAGCUUACCAACUCCGGAAGAAUCGUAUAAUCCAUUGUCAGCUUUAUUGAUUUCAUUUGUUUCUUUUUUAGUGGCAUUUUCGAUUUUAUUCCUUCUUUAUUUGCAUUUCUACCACAUUGGUAGCCAUGUUAAAAGUUGGAUAAAAGGUCCAAACAAAACUGCUGCUUUGGUGGUACCUCCUCGUCCACCUCCAAGAACUAAGAGAGCAAUAAGCCCCACGAGAAUAGUUAGUACUGAUGGUAUGCAGGAGAUUGAUUUGCGAAGUGAAAGUUUAGCAUGAUAAUGUUUAUUUGGGAUGUACAAAAUUGGUCAGAUAUUCAAAAGAUGAUGAAUCUGUUUCAUGGAGGACUUCCGAAUAUUUUACGCGAAAUGAUUUAGUUUUAUAAAUUUUCUUUGUACUAUCUAUCUAGUUACCUACAGUCUAACAAACGAAAAAUGAAUUAACGUCAAUUAUAGCUUGAAAAUAUUCGAUAUUUAAAAUACGAGAUAAUGGAAAAAAUAAAUGUUAAAAAUCAACAAUAGGCAAAAAUGAAAAAAUGAGUAUCUUACCCGCUAGAUGUGCAUCAGGUUAUAUACCUAACAUUUUGCUCUUAAUUAAAUCUCAAAUAAUUAGGAUGUGGCGUCUACAUCAGAGACGUGGAGCGUUUGCUACGUACUGUAAGAAAUAAAUCUAUAAGCCUGGAAAAUGCUUAAUUUUCUGUAGAUAAACAGAUAAAUAGAAUACAAUAUUUGUGUACAAAAAAAAAAUAAAUAAAUAGUUAAAGUUUCUAAGAACACAAUUACUAUAAAAGAGGAAAAUUUAACGACGAAAUGCAAGACAUAUAGAUAAAUUCUAAAAUAAUAUAUUUCCACACAGAACAAUUAAUAUUGAGAAACUGUACACUGUGCAUACGAAUUAUAUUUGAAAAAAAUACGCCAUUCGCAAUGUAACAUUUUAUGUGAAACAUAAUUCAUUAUUACAAUGUAAUCUCUUAAUUCCUUGAAUAAGUUGUAUAAAAGACAGAUAAAGCAGAUAAAUGUCCUUAUAGUGAAGUAUCCACUUGGAAGAAAAUUUCAAAUAUCCGCCAGGAAGAUUUGUAUAACAAUCUGGAUGUUAAGCGUCAGAUGUUAUUGGCCUAGAAAUUAAUUUUUUUGGUUAUUUACCAGUUCAAAUUACGAAUAAAUGUUUAAAAUCAAGGGAUUUGCAUUGAAAGAAUUGUUUCGCAAUCUACUGACAUCGAUUAUAUUCUCGUUUUUUAAAAAUGUAAAUACAGUUUUGAAGUUAGAAAUAAAAUACACACCUGAUACAAUUGAAAUUCAGAGAAUAUAUUCGAAUUUCUUUCAGAAAAUGGGGGAAAACUAUUAAAAAAUUACUAGCAUAUCUAGCACGUAUCGAGCGUGCAUGUGAUGAUUUCCAAAGCUCUUUCAAUUUGAUUUUUUUUAUGCGGAUGCUUGGUGGCACAUACAUUUGUCUACUUCAAAUUGUUUCAAUGCGGCUGACCCAGGAAUGUACUUUUUCGGUUUUUCAAGUUUGAGCUUUUAGUCGUCAGCUAAACAUUUGAGAAACAAAUUUCCUCCUAAAGAACUCAUUCAUGAUCUUAUCGAUUGCCCCAAUAAUAUUUCAUUUAAAAUUAAUUAUCAAUUUGACUUAUUUGUUUCUUUAGUAAACAAUGCGCAUUUAUUUAACACGGUAUGUAACGAUUACAAUGUAUCUAGCAUUUAAUUGUAAUCUCUUAACCAGAAAAGGUUAAAAUCACCCUUCACUAAAAUCACAAUCAUGAGCUAACUACAAUAAUGCUGAAGCUUUCAAUGAACCUGUUACAGUUAAAACGCAUUUUUAGAAUUUAGAACUCGUUUUCCCUAGUUAAAACUAGUUUUUACUUAAUGCCUAUGUUAAAAGUAGAAAUACCCAGUUAAAACUAGAAUUUACCACUGAUAUAUUUGAUUUUCAUAUAAAACUAGUUAGUUAAACUGUAGUUAAAACUAGUAAUAGAAAAACUAAUGUGGGAAUGAAAACAAGAUAUAGUUUUAAAUAUAUUUAUUGAUAAGAUCAAAGACUCUAUGACACUGAGAACCAAAUAAUAAUUAAACACUAAUGGAACAUUUUAGGAAAUAUCGGCUUGAUUAAUUGCCAAGAUGACAAUAUUAAUUAUAAAAUGUAAAUAAAAUAAUCAAAUGAAUCAACAGAAUACAACCAUAAAAUAUCAAAAAGAAACAUUGUUAAAGAUCAUUGAUCAACACACAAUAAAAUCUUAUCAGUCAAACUUAAAUUUGAAAAAGGAUGAGGAUCUAUUUGUUAUUGAAAGAGAAACUAUCGUGGCACUUUGAAUUGAAGGAUAAGCACUUUUCUUGCAGAGACACCUUUUUGAAAUGCAUCCUUUCUUGCAUACGCAGCAUAUAAAUCCUAGGCCUGUUUCUAAGGCUGCUUCCUUAGCAACAGUUCUCAGAGAUAAAUUUGUAUUAGGUACAUCAUUUUCACACAAAAAUGUUCCUUUGCACUUGUCAAAUUCUAACCUGAAAAGCACAUAUAACUAAUUAGAACAAAGGGAUAUAAUUAAACUUGAUAAAACAAUGAACCAACACGUAGGUUCAUACCUGCAAUAUAAUUUGUCAAGCGUUCCAUAUUUCGUUUCUAUCUUGUGAAAACCCUGAUCAUCCUUUUGAAGAACCACUCCGACUAUAAUACGUAGAUUUGUUCGGUCAAUAUCAGGGAUUUGUAUAAUCACCUAUUUCUACUGGACCGUGUAUUACAUCUGAUGUCAAUGCAUUCUCUUCGCCUGUAUUUUUAAGUUUUAAUGUGUAGUUUCUCUGGAUGCCAUUAUUUGUCGAUUCACAUUGGUUACAAUUUCGAGGUCUUUGUCAUGUGGAGGUAUUAUAUAAGGCUCUGCGGUCGUAGAUGAUUCACCUUCAAUGCUAUAUUCACUUGUUUCUUCUACAAUUGGCGAUUUGUUUUGGACGAACUUUCUACGUUUUUUUUUGUGGGGCUCCAGUUAUACUCAGGCUCAGAUCAUGCAUUAUCUGUAUUAUCCGUCAUAUUUAGGUGAAGUCGAAGUCAUAAGCCCUACUCGUGGUUCUACAUCAAACAUUGCUUGGUAUGGUGACUGUUUAACACCGCAAUGAAGUGCCCUGUACAAACCGAAUACCAUUUGACCAAUUUGUGGUAUCGUUGUUUAGGAUCCACGAAGCCAACAUUUUCUCUACAUCUUGGUAAGCCCUUUUAAAAAAUCCUUAGCUCUGGCUGUGUCUUGGCUUUCCAUGGACCAGUUUACCCUAUGAACAAAAUGUAACUAGCACAUUUAUGACAAAAUUUACAAAUUCUCUGCCGUUAACGGAGUGUAAAAGAUGAAAGGAGCACCAAAUGUCAGAAAUAUAUCAGCCACCUCGAUGACUCUCUUACUUUUCAGUGUACGUAAUAAAAUAAAUUUUGUCAAACGGUCGUGAUAUGCUAUUAUAAACUUAAAUCAUCGAUCUUCUUGUGUUUGCAUGUCGAUACGAUUGACUUCAUCAUUUCUAAGAUUAUGUUUGUAAAUUUUCCUGUAAAGUUUCAUUUUUCAGUCUACCCCGACCACCAUGUCCGACGGCCACAUGCCGUCUUCAAUUAUAUCAAAAAUUUCAUCCACAUAUACAGGUCCUGUACACACACAACUAAUUGUGAUCUUUUUUUCGUGAUCAUCGCUAAUAACUGUAACAUACCUACUAAUUAUCGGACACGAUAUUCACUCUUCAGUUUGGAAUGGCAAUGUAUUUAUAAGGGUCGAAACUACAAACAAAUGCUUAGAGUCGGUAUGACUUAUAGUUACCAUAAAAUCCACCCACUUCAACAUAAGUAUCAACUAUCUUUUUGCCACGAAAAAACACGAUUAUUUGUUCUUAUAUCUCUAUUAUUUGAGUGAAAUAUAAACUAUUUCAAUAAAAAGUUCAACCAAACACACAUUAAUAAUUCCGAUGCCUCCAGCUCUGUCACCUGAAAUAGAAUGUUUUUUUGUGUCGAUAAUUUGGCUGACUUAUUUCAUUUUAUGUUUGUUAGACUUGUGGUGUAUUCAGUAGAUUACCUAUAUUAAAUUGGCAGUGUUUCUAAUACAAUUAUAUUUAUUAUAUUUUGUACAUAUUACUUCGAUUAUUUCUUGUACAGCAUGGUAUUUUUAUAAAUAAAUUGUAUACAA